UCUAAACUCUCUUCUUCUCUUCUCAGUUCUUUUUCGAGAGCAUUCUUCUUCUUCUUGGUGAAAGCAGACGCCCCCUCUCUCGACUUCUCUUCAGCUCACUAUCUCUCGCACACCGGCUACGGCAUAGAUUUCCGUCAACAACCUGCCGAAAACCCCAACCCGAUUUUCCCUCGCGCUUACCGUCUCCCUAUCUCCUCCAGCCGACGUCAUCACCUGCGGACUGGCAUUGCGCCGUUCGACUCUCUUUCUCCUUGCGCCGCGCUCAAGAGUUCUCCGCCGUCGCAUCAAACUCAGGAAUCUGGCAGUAGCUUAGUUGUUCGCUCGCGUUGUGAAGUUCUUGUUUCAUAUUUGUCUUGUACGGCAGCUGUGAAUACCGUGGCUCCGCCGUUCUCAGCUAAAUUUUGGCUUUGAGGUGAUGCUGAGUUUCUAUACCUUGGUGAUGCUGAAGUGGGAGCUUUAGAAAGAUUGACCAUUGAACGUGUUUGUUUUGCCACUUCCCUUAUUCACUCGUCUUUUUACCCUAUCCCAGUCUCACAUAUUCUCUCAUCUCCUUUAUUCAGUUUUUACAAUAUAUGAACUUCUCUAAGCUCAAACCGAUGGCUGUGGAACGCAGUCUUGCCUAAACUUGAACAUUGGUUCCAUUAUUCACACAUACAAAUAGUCAAGGCAAUCCAUUCUAUUGUGUUCUUAGCUAGAAUGGAAGCCCAAUGUUCUCUCUGUCGGUUUUGCCCAAAAUUGUCUAUUUCGUUGAUUCGAUCUCCCAAUUAUUCAUUCCUUUUGAAGCUUCCUUCUUCUUCUUCUUCCUUUGUCCAAACCAAUCAUUCCACUUUGCGUAGUGUUUGGUUCAAGGAGAAUAUUGCUCGUAGAAAAAAUGUUCAAAUGGUUGUGAGUGCCAGUCUCAAAGGGGAAGUUUCAAAAACUGUGAUUCAGAAGAAGAAACUUGCUGUUUUUGUCUCUGGUGGAGGCUCUAAUUUUCGUUCAAUACACGAGGCUUCUCUCGAAGGAUCAGUUCACGGAGAAAUUGUUGUUGUGGUUACUAACAAAAGUGGCUGUGGCGGUGCAGAAUAUGCAAGAAGUAAGAACAUUCCAGUUGUCUUGUUUCCAAAAACCAAAGAUGAACCCAAUGGCUUAUCUGCAUCUGAACUUGUAGCUACCCUCAAACAUUUUGAGAUUGAUUUCAUUCUUCUUGCUGGAUACCUAAAACUUAUACCCCUUGAAUUGAUCCAAGCAUAUUCCAAAUCUAUAGUAAAUAUACACCCAUCACUUCUUCCUGCUUUUGGAGGCAAAGGGUACUAUGGAAUGAAGGUGCACAAGGCAGUGGUUAACUCUGGAGCUCGGUUUUCAGGUGCAACAAUUCAUUUGGUUGAUGAGCACUUUGACACUGGACGGAUUCUUGCUCAAAGAGUGGUUCCUGUGCUUGCAAAUGAUUCAGCAGAGGAUUUAGCAGCUAGGGUUCUUAAGGAGGAGCAUGGCCUUUACGCUGAAGUAGUUGCAGCAUUGUGCGACGAACGGAUCAUUUGGAGAUCAGAUGGUGUUCCUCUCAUUCAAAGCAAAGAACAUCCUAAUGAAUUUUACUAGUUAGCUAAAAACUGCUUGAAAUUUGAGGCUCAAACCUUUUAGUUAGAUUCAAGUUUCUCAUGUUCUUUGUAAUAAUAAUAUCUGCAAACGAUGAAGUUUGAGCUUUCUUUGACACAAAAUAAAGUUGCAGGCUGCUCUUUCUAUAAUUAGGGUUCAUGGAAACAGUUGAAAAAUCAUUAUGCAGUGUUCUUAGUUUGAGAAACCACAUUUUGCCAUCAUUUGUUUACAAAAUGGACAAUCUUCUCAUUUAUUGUUA